GCACGCGCCACUCGUGGCUUCACGAUUCCUGUUAGUUCGCAAGUGCCAGUUCCGGUGCUAUCCCUGUCCGGCAUCCUACUUAUUCCCUCAGACACGUCGAGUCAACAUGAGGGGUUUAACGGUGGUGGCGUUCGCUAUGCUGGCGUCGAUGAUCAAGGGUUUCAUCGUUGCGCCGACACCUGGUAGCUCGACAGGAUCAUGUCGUUCUUCACGAGUGUCCGGAGCAACGACGAUUCGGUCACACGCGUCCGCUGCGCUUUCAAUGUCUUCAACAGGGGUUGAAGAUGAAGUGAUGGAAAAGAUCGUCAACAUCCGCCCAAAGGCGAUGGACCAUCUCCAGGAGCUUAGGCGAAGUCAAGGAACCGAGGGGGACAUAUUUUUGAGGAUGGGAGUCCGUUCCGGGGGUUGUUCGGGUUUGUCCUACAUUAUGGACUUGGUCAAGAAGGAGGAGAUCACAGAGGAUGAUAUGGUGGAGGAAUACGACGGCUUCAAGUGCGUCAUCGACCCGAAAAGCGUGCUCUAUUUAUACGGCCUCGAACUUGACUUCAGCGAUGCCCUCAUUGGGGGCGGGUUUCAGUUCCAAAACCCGAAUGCCGAGAGUUCUUGCGGCUGUGGAAAAUCGUUCGGUGUGUAGAUGAAUUUGUCGUGUGGUUUGCCCUCGUGCGCUCGUGGGCCCUUUGACGAGGCACGUCCAAAUGGGGCAAAAUAGGUCGCAUCACACGGUCGCUCCGCUUGCUUGAUUUGUGAACAAUGUCAAAAGGACAUGAGAUCGUGCGUUGGCGCUUUUGUGCAUGAGGUUCAAGCUUUGAGUAUUAUUCUCUUUCGUGUCUUAACCCCUUUAGGGCUGGAUCGCGUUUUGGGCACACAUUUUGUCCCCAUCUUCUUCACCUGCUUUACCUCGCGAAGAUUGGCAUGAUUGUCUCCUCCUUUGCACUACUCGACCAGGGGGGGUGCCAGGGUACACAGGGACGACUCUAGUCUAGUAUGGAUGCUUCGUAGAGUGGAGGAGUAUGAGGGUAAUGCACAGGUCGAAUCGCGGGACGAUUACGCCGCCGGUUCAACAGCGAAGUUGCGCCGCGUCUGUUUACCCUUGGGUGGAAAGCGCUACUAGGGGCAAGCGCGGAAGAAGUACCUAGACCACCGUUGAUAGGAGGCACCAAGCAACCUAGGGCUUGAGUUAGAAGGUCUCGCUUUCCCUCCAGAGAAAUAUCUUGAAAACCUC